AUGACAUCUGAUUGUUUUGACAGGAAGAAUUCACGAAAAUCAAGCAACGAAGAUAUUCGACUUGAACAUACAUUAGAGGGAAAAGAAUAUCCAAUAUAUGAUGUUCCCAAACAAUACAACGGUAAAAUUGUUAUAAAUGUUCCCGAACGUCGAUUUGGUCCUCCACAAAUUAAUAAACAAUCUCAAGAAUAUAAAAUUCAUCUUGAACAAAUGGAUUAUAUUAACAAACAUAGUGAAUUAAAACCAUGGUUGGAUUCAAUUCUUACACAUCGAUUGAUGCAAACUUUUCAUGGAGAUCAGGGACAUCCUCAACAACCAUAUCAGUAUGUUUUCAAAAGUAUUUUUAUUGAUUAA